ACAACAAAACUUUGGACUGAUCCACGAACAACAAUUGGUCGAACAUGGACACCGAUAACUGUUAGUAUUGGACGAAGACGUUCUGGUUUUCGACUUGUAUUUAUUUCAACACAUACUGGUUCAAUAACAGCAUCUGAUAUAUCUAUUGAUGAUUUUAAAUUUGUUGAAUGUAAUGCACAAUCAAUUGGUCAUUGUGAAGGUUUUACUGAUCCAUUUAAUUGUUCAAAUGGAAAUUGUAUUCAUCAAGAUAAUUUAUGUGAUUAUAGUGAUGAUUGUGGUGAUAAUACUGAUGAAAAUAGUUGUGAAAAAUAUGUUCAAAUGUGUAAUUUUGAGAAUAAUGCAGAACCAAUAUGUUCAUGGUCACAUGAUGAUGAUGCAGACUUUAGAUGGCAACGUAUGCGUGGUGAUCAAGUUAAUAAUUUUGAUUGGUAUGAUGAUUUCUGGCAACUCUAUGGUCCUGAUCGUGAUCAUACAUUAGGGACAUCAAAAGGACAUUUUCUAUUGCUUGAAACAAGUGCACCACGUCAACCAAAUGAUACAGCACGUGUUGUUAGUCCAGUAUUUGCUCCAACAACAUCAGGAGAAUGUCAAUUUCGAUUUUGGUAUCAUAUGUAUGGUUAUGAUGUUGGAGCAUUAAAUAUAUAUACACGUACUUUUAUUGGUGGUCCAUUGACAUUAGUUUGGAAUCAAAAUCGUGAAAGAGGUGAUGAAUGGCUUCGUGCUAAAAUUGUUCUUAAAGUUCAAGAACCAUUUCAAGUACUUAUCGAAGGUGUACGUGGUAGUGGUUAUGAAGGUGAUAUUGGUGUGGAUGAUACAACUUUUACACCAGGUUGUCAAUUACAAAUAAUAGCUACAUUACCACCUUUUGUAUAUUCUACAACACAAAGUCCAUAUUGUAAUGCGACACAUUCUCAUUGUGCACAAAAUACUCGUCAAUGUAUACCAAAAGAUCAAUUUUGUAAUUUUAAUAUUGAAUGUACAGAUCAAACAGAUGAAUUAUCAUGUCCACUAGCAUGUAAUUUUGACCAAAACACAACAUGUCUUUGGACAAAUGAUCGAAAACUAAACCUCAAAUGGGAAUUUGGUAGCGGUAGAACAGCAUCAAGUGGUACAGGUCCAAGCACUGAUCAUUCAACAGGUAGUGUUACUGGAACAUAUAUCUAUUUGGAAACAAGUACAGGUAAUUUUGGUGAUCGUGCUCAUCUUAUUAGUCCACUUUAUCGUAAAUCCUCCAAAACUUGCAAGUUUACAUUCUGGUAUCAUAUGUUCGGUGAUACAAUUAAUACAUUAAAUAUUCAUAUACGUUCUGGUGGUAUUGAUACAUUAAUAUGGUCAUUACAAGGAAAUCAAGGUGAUCAAUGGCGACAAGGAACCGCUUAUUUACCAACAUGUGCAUCAGAAUUUAAUGUUAUUGUUGAAGGUAUACGUGGUAC